AUGCGUCCCAUCAUGCAGCGCGGGCCAAUUCUCCCUCACCCCCGCGGAGAGGAGACUCACAUCCAGGGAACGGACUAAUGGCGGCCGGCAACUCCGUGCUGCUCUGACACUAAAUUCAAAACGGCACAUCACAACAGAGUUUCGGAGACUCCAAGGGGAGGGUGCUUUUAACAUUUAUACACGGCACUGAUUUCAAUCGGGAAAGGGGGACGUGUGCGAAAAUAACUUGCUAUACCUGCGGGGAUUUUCCUCUUUUUAAAAAAUGGAUGAACACCCCGGAGGAGGAGGAGUAGGAAUGGCCGCUCCAAGACAGCAGCCAUCUCCGCAGCAGGGGAAUAAUACUACCGUUAAUCCCCCGACGGAGGGAGGAGGUGGCGCCGUAAUGGGGCAGCAACAGCAGGACGAAAUGCCCCGGCCUCAGCAAUAUACCAUCCCGGGUAUUCUACACUACAUCCAACACGAAUGGGCCCGCUUUGAGAUGGAGAGGGCGCACUGGGAAGUCGAGAGGGCCGAACUCCAGGCCCGAAUAGCAUUCCUACAAGGAGAAAGGAAGGGUCAGGAAAAUCUGAAGAAUGACCUAGUCAGAAGAAUAAAAAUGUUAGAAUAUGCAUUAAAGCAAGAAAGAGCCAAGUACCACAAAUUAAAAUAUGGCACAGAACUCAAUCAAGGUGAAGUGAAGAUGCCUAGUUUUGAAUCAGAAGAAACCAAAGACUCUGAGGUCCCUGCUGUACCUCAAAACAGUCAGCUAACGUGGAAACAAGGCCGACAGCUGCUCAGACAAUAUCUUCAGGAGGUAGGUUACACGGACACAAUUCUAGAUGUGCGAUCUCAGCGAGUCCGGUCGUUACUGGGUCUGUCCGGUUCCGAGCAGAAUGGCUCAGUGGAAACUAAGAACCUGGAGCAGAUUCUGAAUGGAGGAGACGCACCUUCCAAACAAAAGGGACAAGAUAUGAAAAGGAAUACAGAUGUUCUGGAAACAUUUAACUUCUUAGAAAAUGCUGAUGACAGUGACGAAGAGGACGACGACGAAGGCGAUCUGGUGGAUGAUAUCUCAGACAGGACAGAGAAGCACAGAAUGAACAAACACAAAAUAAAGAUUGGAAAUGAGGGCCUGGCGUCGGACCUGCCUGACGAUCCUGACACGGAAGAAGCACUGAAGGAAUUUGACUUCCUGGUGACUGCAGAGGACGGGGAGGGGGCCGGGGAGGCGCGGAGCUCAGGAGACGGGACAGAGUGGGCUGAGCCGCUGCCUUUCCCCACCAGCGGCGGUAAGUCCUUCAUCAUGGGCUCUGACGAUGUUCUAGAGAGCGUCCUGGGCCUGGGGGACCUGGCCGACCUGACCGUCUCCAACGACGAGGCUGAAUACAGCUAUGAUCUGCCAGCCAAUAAGGACGCGUUCAGGAAGACGUGGAAUCCCAAGUAUACGCUGCGCAGCCACUUUGACGGCGUGCGAGCCCUGGCCUUCCACCCCGUGGAGCCCGUCCUGGUGACCGUGUCUGAGGACCACACCCUCAAACUUUGGAACCUGCAGAAGACCGUUCCAGCCAAAAAAAGUGCCUCUUUUGAUGUGGAGCCUAUUUACACGUUCAGAGCUCACGUAGGGCCUGUCCUCUCUUUGGCUGUCAGCUCCAGUGGGGAGCAAUGCUUCAGCGGGGGCAUCGACUCAACCAUACAGUGGUGGAACAUCCCCAGCUCUAAUGUAGACCCUUAUGACACCUACGAUCCAGGGGUUCUGGCAGGAACGUUGCUAGGACACACGGACGCCGUGUGGGGGCUGGCCUACAGCGGGAUCAAGAACCGCCUGCUUUCGUGCUCGGGCGACGGGACAGUCCGGCUCUGGAACCCCCCUGAAAAGUCACCCUGCCUCUGCACUUACAACUCAGACAAGGUGCAUGGCAUACCCACCGCGGUGGAUUUCAAUGGCUGUGAUCCUGCCCACAUGGUGGCAUCCUUCAACAUGGGAAACACCGUCAUCUAUGACCUGGAGACAUCUCAGCCUGCAGUGGUGUUCUCCAGCCAGAGUGAGAGCGGUCUUCCUGCUGCCAACUACAUAAACCGUGUGGUGUCUCACCCGACCCUGCCCAUCACCAUCACAGCCCACGAGGACAGACACAUCAAGUUCUUCGACAACAAAACAGGCAAACUCAUCCACGCCAUGGUGGCUCACCUGGAUGCGGUCACCAGCCUGGCUGUGGACCCCAAUGGGAUUUACCUCAUGUCAGGAAGCCAUGACUGUUCCAUCCGCCUGUGGAACCUGGAUAGCAAAACCUGCGUGCAGGAGAUCACCGCCCAUCGGAAGAAGUCAGACGAGUCCAUCUACGACGUGGCCUUCCACCCGUCCAAGGCGUUCAUCGCCAGCGCGGGGGCUGACGCCCUGGCCAAAGUGUUUGUGUAAGAGCCCACGCUGGGAGGGCGUGAACGGACAAACUGCUUCACUGCCUUGUGUGACGAGUGUACCGUUUAGACACUACACAAGACCCCCAACCUCCCCCAACCCCUCGACGCCCACAAGCCACACACUGGAGAGGAGCCAGGCCCAGGAAAUGGGGCGGGG